GAAAAAGAGCAACCCUAUUGUUUCCAAAUUCAAUGAAACAGUUUGGACAUUAUGUGCAGAGAGAGAGCAUUCAUGGUGGUGGUGCUACUUCUACUCCCCAAAAUUCAUGGUGGCUGCCCUCCUUCUUCCUGUGGCAACAUCACCAACAUAACUUAUCCCUUUCGAUUACAAGCCGACCCAGAGAAUUGCGGUGACGAAAGGUACGAGCUUGGUUGUNAGAAUAAUGUUACUGUGUUGUACCUGAACUCUACACAAUACCAUAUUCAAGCAAUCAACUACGACAACUACACCGUGAGAGUGGUUGAUCCUGCACUUCAACACCACAACUGCUCCUCCCUUCCUCUCCGUUCUCUCUCUCGCUCCAAUUUCUCUGAUACUUACACUGACUCCGCCGAUCUAUACCAAGCCGGUCUAUAUCUUUAUCAAAAUUGGGAAUCUCUGAGUUUCGAGCAUAUAGUAUUUCUGAACUGUAACCAUUCGGUGAGAGAGAACGGGAAGUAUACGGAGAAUGGUGAGUGCGUGAAGUGGGACUCAAAAGGUUAUGCAUAUGCAGUGGGUGGAGACCUAAAAGCUGAAGACUUAGAAGUAGGGUGUGACGUGAAGCUUGUUGCUCCCACAUCGUUCAGGAGUUUCAAUAACCAUUCAUACGCUGCCAUUCACAGGGCUCUCGCCUAUGGAUUUGAGAUCUCUUGGAUAAAACUCGCCUGUCAGAAGAUUUCUUGUACAUUCGGGGACGGCUUCUGCUAUUUCGACUCUUCUAGACAGAAGCUUCAUUAUGCUUCUAUGGUAUGGGCCUACAAAAUUUUGUUUGGAUUUCCAUUCUUAAUCGUGAUUUUCAUAUCUAAAUGGAGGAAAAGACAUGCAUCAAUGUAUCAAAAUAUUGAAAAUUAUCUUGAACAGUAUAAUAUGGCACCGAUUAGAUACUCAUACAAGGAAAUUAAGAAGAUGGCCGGAGGUUUCAAAGACAAGUUAGGUGAAGGAGGAUUUGGUUCUGUCUUUAAGGCAAAGUUAUGCAGUGGACCUUGUGUGGCAAUCAAAAUGUUAGAUAAAUCUAAAGGAAAUGGACAAGAUUUUAUUAGCGAAGUUGCAACAAUUGGAAGAAUACAUCAUCAAAAUGUGGUACAAUUAAUUGGAUUUUGUGUUCAUGGCUCAAAGCGUUAUAUUGUGUAUGAAUUCAUGUCCAAUGGAUCUCUUGAUAAAUUUAUUUUUUCAAAGGAUGAGAGUGUACAUUUAAGUUAUGAAAAAAUAUAUAAUAUAUCAAUUGAAGUGGCUCGCGGAAUAGCUUAUCUCCACCAUGGUUGUGAGAUGAAGAUUUUGCAUUUUGAUAUCAAACCCCACAACAUCCUCCUUGAUGAAAACUUUCUCCCCAAGAUCUCUGACUUUGGAUUGGCAAAGUUAUAUUCAAUAGAUAACAGUAUUAUUCCAAUGACUGCAGCAAGAGGAACCAUUGGAUAUAUGGCUCCAGAAUUGUUUUAUAAUAAUAUUGGAGGAAUAUCCAAUAAGGCUGAUGUUUAUAGUUUUGGAAUGCUCUUGAUGGAGAUGGCAAGUAAGAGAAAGAAUCUUAACCCCUAUGCUGAACAUUCAAGUCAACUUUACUUUCCUCUUUGGAUUUAUAAUCACAUUAGAGAAGAGGAAAUUACUGAAAUGGAAGAAUUGACAAAGGAUGAAAAGACAAUAGUAAAGAAGAUGAUUAUAGUGGCACUAUGGUGUAUACAGUUGAAACCAAAUGAUCGCCCCUCAAUGAAUAAAGUAGUGGAAAUGCUUGAAGGAGACAUUGAAGACUUAGAAAUGCCUCCAAAACCUAUUCUAUAUCCAGAUGAAACAGUGACAGAGGAUCAAACAAUAAACUCCAACUAG